AUGCUUGCCACUUCUCUUGCCCGCCGUACAUUUGGCGUAACCGCUCGUUAUGCUUCAACUUGGUCCGCUGUCCCUGCAGGUCCUCCCGAUCCCAUUCUUGGCGUGACUGAGGCGUAUAAGGCCGACAAGGACCCACGGAAGAUCAACCUUGGUGUUGGAGCAUACAGGGAUGAACACGGUAAACCCUAUGUCCUGCCGAGCGUGAAGGAGGCCGAGGCGCGUUUGUCUGCUCUCAAACCAGACAAAGAAUACCUGCCUAUCACAGGUCUCGCAGAGUUCACCCAAAAUGCCGCUCUCUUGGCGUACGGUGCAGACAGCGAGCCCCUUAAACAAGGCUCUAUUUCCGUCACCCAGUCCAUCUCUGGGACUGGGGCUCUCAGAAUUGGAGGAGCUUUCCUUGCUCGCCACUACCCCAAUUCCAAAAUUAUCUACUUGCCCGUUCCCUCUUGGGGAAACCACACACCCAUUUUCCGUGAUUCUGGCCUCGAAGUUCGUGGCUACAGGUACUUCGACAAGAAGACUGUCGGGUUGGAUUUUGAAGGCCUCAAGGCAGACUUGCUGGCUGCCCCGGAGCAGUCAAUCGUACUGCUCCAUGCAUGUGCCCACAAUCCAACUGGCGUUGACCCUACUCAGGAGCAAUGGGCACAGAUCUCCGAUAUCGUUAAAGAGAGGAAGCUUUUCCCCUUCUUCGACAUGGCUUACCAAGGAUUCGCCUCUGGUUCCACGUCUCAUGACGCAUUCGCUGUGCGCCAUUUUGUUUCUGAAGGCCAUCAUAUCGCCCUUGCCCAGUCCUUUGCCAAGAACAUGGGACUUUAUGGCGAGCGUGUUGGCGCGUUCUCUUUGACGACCACCGACCCCGAUGAGAAGGCUCGAGUCAACAGUCAACUGAAGAUUGUCAUCCGACCCACAUACUCUAAUCCCCCGUUGCAUGGUGCUAGAAUUGCGAACAAGAUCCUCGGAGACAAAGCCUUAUACACCCAGUGGGAGUCGGAAGUUAAAGGCAUGGCCGACAGGAUCAUCAGCAUGAGGGAAAAGCUGUAUUCCGCGUUGACUCACGAUUUGAAGACUCCUGGAGAGUGGGGACACAUUAAAAGUCAAAUCGGAAUGUUUAGCUUCACCGGCCUUACACCUCCGCAAACCAAAGCCCUGGCCGAAAAGGCGCACGUGUACAUGACUGCCGACGGACGUAUUUCUAUGGCUGGGUUGAACGGAGGCAACAUCGAAUACUUUGCAGAGAGCGUUGACGCCGCUGUCAAAGGCAAAUUGUAAAGGAUCAUUGGACGGCAAAUGUUACCAGGUUACCCGGAUAUUUUACACCGCUGUGGAAUUAUUAAAUUGUAUCCAACAGUUUAGUAAACUUCUCAGUCACGAG